AUGUCGUACGCUCCCACACAGGUUCAACACGAAGAUUCCGAAGGAAGUGAAGCUGAAAAUGAUACAACAACGUCAUCAACACUUAAUACGUCAUCGUUGACUCAAUCAAACAUUGCUACUCAGAUUCAAUACGAUACAAAUAAUGAAGAAGGUGAUACUCUUGAAUUUGACGAAGAUGAUGAUCAAGCUUCCGAACCUAAUCAACAAGGUGAUGAUCGAAUGAAUACAACAGCCGAUGAUGAGGAUGAUGAAGAGGACCAAAAUUAUGAAGAAGCUAAAGAAUCAAACAAAGAAAAGAGCAAAGAAAAGAAGAAGAGAAAGAAGAAGGACAAAUCUGAAACAGAAGCACCAAAAGCAGAUGCUGAAAAUGAAGGAGAAUCACCUCUUGUUCAUGAUGAAGAUGAAGAAAAUGAGCCUUCUGAAAAAGCAUCAAAAUCUAGAAAGAUGGAUGAGGAUGAUGAGUUUAAUAUUGUUCUUAAGGAGGUGAAAUCAGCCUCUCGACGAUCUACUCAGACAGAACAACUCGACAGCCUGGGACAACAACAAGCAAAGGAACUUAUUGCACGAAUUGAUGCUGCCUAUGAGGACGAUGCUGAAUCAUUUUUCAGAAAGAAGCCUGCACUUCACAAACUUCAACUUCUUCCCGAACUGACUGAAGCUUGUAAAAAGAUAUACUUGCAAGGAUUUUUAAUUCAGGAAGGAAUAUUGAAAUCUUUAGAGAGAUGGCUUGUUCCUGAAAAAAAGGAUUUACCUCCUCCUAAUAUUAACAUUCAAACAGGAGUAUUGAAUAUUUUGAACGACUUGCCAGUAUCCAAGUCCAUUGAAGACGAUGAAAAAGUUUGUAUCACCAAGAAUCAUUUGAAAUCAUGCAGAAUUGCUAAGGCAGUGAAGCAAAUUGCCAAUAAUUCUAAUACACCAGCCAAUAAUAGAAAAAUUGCAAAAAAGAUUGUAGAGAAAUGGAGUAGAUUAGUUUAUCAAUUACCCUCUGAUUAUGCAGAAGUGUACAAACAUCGUCGACCUAUUUCUAUGGACGAUCAAAUCGCAGAUGAACAAUCUCCAAUUACUCCAAGAUAUGCCUCUGCUUCGAAAAGUACUGAGACGCAACCUCCAAGAAAAAAGAAGCUUGCGAACACUAAUUCCAUUCGUGCAAGCAUCCCUAAGAAAGAAAGUUUUGAUUUUGUCAGACUUCCACCAUCAAAAAUAGAGAAGAAAAAGCCAAUAGUUGAAAACGAAACUCACAAGAGACUUUUGAGUGUUGGCAGUUCGAGAAGAAAAUAA